AUGGGCUUCAACACGACCUGGAUCUGGGAGUCCCCACUCCUCCUGGCGGCCAAGGAGAACGAUGUCCAGGUGCUGACCAAGCUGAUCAAGUACGAGGCCUGUGAGCUGCACCAGAGGGUUAUUGCGCAUCGCAAAAGCCAGCAGCUGUGCAUUGUGGGCGCCUGCCAGAUGUACAACCUGCUGCUGUCCCAUGAUGGGCGUGGGGGCGACCCCCUGCAGUCCCUGGACCUUGUGCCCAACCACCAGGGCCUCACCCCCUUCAAGCUGGCCGGGGUGGAGGGCAACACAGUGAUGUUCCAGCACCUGGUGCAGCGACGGAAGCACAUCCAGUGGACGUACGGACCGCUGACCUCCACCCUCUACGACCUCACCGAGAUCGACUCCUGCGGGGAGGAGCUGUCCCUGCUGGAGCUCAUUGUCACCACCAAGAAGCGGGAGGCGCGUCAGAUCCUGGACCAGACACCUGUGAAGGAGCUGGUCAGCCUCAAAUGGAGGCGGUAUGGGCGGCCGUACUUCUGUGUGCUGGGCACCAUCUACCUGCUCUACAUCAUCUGCUUCACAAUGUGCUGCGUCUACCGGCCGCUCAAGCCCAGGAUCAGCAACCGCACGGGCCCCCGAGACAACAUGCUCCUGCAGCAGAAGGCACUAGUCACCUACGCCUGCCUGGUGCUGGUCAUCCUGGUCAUGAGGCUCACCAACACCAACGGGGAGGUGGUGCCCAUGUCCUUCGCCCUGGUGCUGGGCUGGUGCAACGUCAUGUACUUCGCCCGAGGGUUCCAGAUGCUGGGCCCCUUCACCAUCAUGAUCCAGAAGAUGAUCUUUGGAGACCUGAUGCGUUUCUGCUGGCUGAUGGUUGUGGUCAUCCUGGGCUUUGCCUCAGCCUUCUACAUCCUCUUCCAGGCCGAGGACCCCCAUGAGCUGGGCCAUUUCUACAACUACCCCAUGGCUCUGUUCAGCACCUUUGAGCUCUUCCUCACUGUCAUCGAUGGCCCUGCCAACUACGACGUGGACCUGCCCUUCAUGUUCAGCGUCACCUAUGCCGCCUUUGCCAUCAUCGCCGCACUGCUCAUGCUCAACCUCCUCAUCGCCAUGAUGGGUGACACCCACUGGCGGGUGGCCCACGAGCGGGAUGAGCUCUGGAGACUUCAGGUCGUGGACACCACUGUGAUGUUGGAGCGCAAGCUGCCUCGCUGCCUGUGGCCUCGUGCAGGCAUCUGUGGCCGAGAGUAUGGUUUGGGGGACCACUGGUACCUGCGGGUGGAAGAAAGGCAGGACCUUAAUCGGCAGCGCGCACAGCGCUACGCGCAAGCCUUCCAGAGCCUGGGCUCGGACAGCUUGGAGGACCCCUCUGCGCAGAAGCUGCACCUGUACUGCACCCCCAGCCAGCACCUGCCCCUGCCCCUGCCCACACCGUCCGUGUCUCGGAGCACUUCCCGUAGCAGCACCAACUGGGAGAGGCUGCGGCAGGGGGGCUGGCGCCGGGAACUGCGGGGCGAGAUCAACAGGGCCCUGCAGGAGGACGGCGACCGCUGGGAAUUCCAGAUCUGAGCACCGGCCGCCUCCAGGAGCGGUGGACACCAGAGCACAGCCUGUCAGGGCUGGGUGAAGGGCCUAGGUGGAGAUCCCGAGUGGGACUCAGAGACCCUACGAGCCAGGCCAGCAGGAGCUCUGCUCGGGGCACAGAGGACCACUUUGGGGCUCUGGACGCACCCACACAGCUGGGCAACCGAAGGCAUCAGUGUGCUGCCAGCCCCUUCCAAGGGACCACUGCACUGUCAGCCAAGCACUUUAGGGGCAGCUGCCAGUCGAGUCCAGCCCCCACCCUGCAUGGUAAGUGGGAGGCACAGCCCUCCCGUGGUGCUGCAGACCGCAGGGCACUGGUCUGUGGACUUGGGUCUGAGGAAGACAGGUGCUGUUCCAGGCAGUGGGGGCCACUCACCCCACCUUCCAAUAAAGUCACUCCUGUUCUUGUCUGGCCCUGAGCUC